AUGGGUCGCGUAGCAUUGAUCACAGGCACAUCGAUGUACGAUAAAGUGGGCGUCGACAAGGAUGUAAUACGGGAACUCGCAGACAAGGCCAUAAGCAUUUCGACUCCGAAUACGAUGGCAGCUUCUGAAGGUACUGGGUUGGGGCACGAUUUCCAGACAACGCUCAUCCACACGUUGCAAAGUCGAUGGGACAGAAAACCCACGAUCUCGUUUGGACGACGUUCUCCCGCUCCCGGUGUUCCUCUCGUAUAA